AUGAAUAGGUUCGCAGCGGCGCGUGCGACGCCCACGACGAUGCUCAGCAACGCGCUGAGCCAGGUGAAUCUCAGCAACGAGGCUCCCGGCGCCUCCCAGUCCCAGGGCAUCGGGAUGUUCGGGGGAGAGGAGGCGGGCGUCACCUUCACUCAGGAGCUCGGGACCCAGGACUUCAUGACCCCGAAGGACGCCGUCUUCGAGACCGGCGUCCCGCUCUCGCAGCCCGGCGCCCGCAGCGGCCCGGGCGGCCCCGCACUCCCCGGCGCCCCCACGCCCGCCGCGCCGCGCCACGGCAGCCAGCAGGCCGGCCCGAGCGGCAUCUGCCUCACCCCUCCCUCCUGCCCGCGGAAGCUGCCGCCCGCCCCGGCCUUCCACAACGUCACCAACAGCCACAAGCGGUCCGACGUGUCGCCGAAGCUCAUGUCUCCGCCGGUGAAGCCGAAGAAGCACCGCAGCGACGUGUUCCCGGAGCCCGGGUCCGGCGCGGGCUCGCAGAUGGACACCAGCCAGCCCAGCACCGGCGGCGCGGGCCUGGCGUUCAUGAGUCAGGACUCGCAGGGGGUGUCGCAGCACCCCCCCCUCCACGCCGGGCCGAGCCGGCUCGCGUUCGGCUCGCAGCCGCCCGCGACGCCCGCGGGCGCGCAGCCGCCCGACGACGUCUCGGCGCGUCUGCAGUUCGGCGGAGACAGCCAGCCGGGCCCUGACAGCCAGCCUGGGUUCGACCCGCAGCACGCCUUCGCGGCCGGCGCGCGGCCGCCCAUUGACCCCGCCCGGCCGUUCCGCAACAUCGCGCUGCGGCCACCGGCGCCGCCGCCCCGCCAGGCGGACUGCGCGGAGCCUGCGGGCGAGGACACGCGGGCCCCGAACGGCGUGGCCAAGGGCACGCGCGUGCGGCGCCCGGGGCAGUCGAUGGCGCCCCCGUGCACGAGCAACAUGUUCCUGGGGGGCGGCACGAUCGACAGCAAGGUCGCGGAGGCGGUGGACUGGUGGCUGAAGGUCGGGCGGACGUCGAAGAACGCCGGAUUCCACCGCGACGCGUUCGCGUUCCACGACCGGCUCGGGCGCGGCUCGUUCGGGACGGUCCACCGCGUAGUGCACCGCCUGGACGGCGCGGAGUACGCGCUGAAGGAGCUGUGCCACAACAACACGCGCGGGCAGCUCACGGCGCUCCUGCGCGAGGCGCACGCGAUGUCUGCGGCGGGGCGGCACCCGGGGCUGGUCGGGUACCACUUCUCGUGGCUCGAGAGCGACCGCAUGUACAUCCAGAUGGAGCUGUGCGUGUCGACGCUGGAGAGCGAGGCGCGCGCGGGGGUGUUCCGCGAGGCGCAGGCGCUCGAGGUGUACCGGGACCUGUCCAGCGCGCUCGAGCAUCUGCACAUGCGCGGCAUGGCGCACAUGGACGUUAAGCCGGCCAACAUCUACCGCGGCAAGGACGGGCGGUGGAAGCUCGGGGACUUCGGGCGCGUGGCCUCGCUCGACGGGGACGCGUCCGCGGAGGAGGGCGACGCGGUCUACAUGGCGCCCGAGCUCCUCAAGGAGGACUUCACGCACCUGACCAAGUCAGACAUUUGGUCCCUCGGCGCCACCCUGUACGAGAUCGUGCGCGGCGCCCCGCUCCCGCGCGGCGGGCAGCCGUACCAGGACCUCCGCGCCGGGAAGCUCUCCCUGCUCACCGCGAACACGUCGAGCUUCCGGCGCCUCCUGGAGACGCUGCUGCGCCCAGACCCGCAGGAGCGCGCGAUGCCGCACACGACGGGCGCGCUCGCGGUGGCGGGCCCGGCGGGCGGGCUGCUGUCGCCGGCGGGGGCGGGCACGCCGAUGACGGCGGAGCUGUCGCUCGGGGGCGCGAGCGCCGGGACGGAGAAGGGGGGGUCCGUGUCGAAACCCCCCGGGGGCACUACGCCGUCCCCGGGCGCGAGCGGCGGGCAGCGCGGCGGGCAGCGGCGCGGGUGGGGCGGCGCGUUCGGCAGCCCGUCGACGGAGUGCCAAAUGGUGAUCAACCUCGCGACCACGGAGUGA